GCCCCGGCGUCCAAGACCGAGGAGGCAUUUGACAGCUUCGCCGUCUGCGCUGAAGACCUCGAGAAGCCCCUUGACAAUAUGACUGAAGCAGUCGACGGAAAGGCCGCUGUGGCCACCAAGGCGGAGCUGCAGGCAGCUGCAAAGACACUUGGGAUGGGAACGUCAGCUUUCAGGGGUUUGCCCAAGGACGACGAAGCUGCCUAUUGCAAAGAGCUCCAGUCCCGCGUCCUCAAGUUCAUAGAAAAUGCCUCUGGGGAGCAUUAUGAGUCUUUGCCGCCAGCAGACACACUGGCGGAGGUGAAGAAGGCGGCUGAGGCGAAGAAGGAACUGUCUUCUUUAGACCCUUCGAAUAUUAUUGAAGCAAUAAAACGGGACAUACAGCGAGACCUGGAGCGAGAAGCAGCACAGGCCUCUUCGGAGCCGCAGCCGAAGAAGCCCAAGACGGACGAAGCAGCAGAAGGUGCUGCUGCCAGCAGCAGCAGCAGCAGCAGCAGCAGCAGCGGCAACGCCAGCAGCAGCAGCAGCAAGGACGCAGAGGGCGCCCCAGACACUGAAGAAGAGGAAGAAGAAGAAGAAGAAGACAGCGACAGCGGCAGCUGCAGCGGCAGCGGCAGCAGCAGCAGCAGCGGCAGCGGCUCCGAAGAGAGCGAAGGCAACAGCGAAGAGAGCGAGGCUGGCAGCUCUGAGGAAGCAGAAGAGGAAAAGGACGAAGCCUAA